CGAAACAAAAGACGGUCCGAAUGAGAGGACUUUGAAUCUCUAUAAGAGCAUCCGAUCUCCUCCGGGACGUGUAGUUGAACCUCGUGCUCGAUCCCCUUCCUCCUCACGCCAGUUAUUUACGCGAACAAACGCCAAACACCAUGUCAACCACACAGUCUUUGCCACCCCCAGUGACAUGGGCACAGCGAAAAAAUGUCAUCUUCCUAACUAUCUGUGUUGAAGACUGCAAAUCUCCCACCAUUAACAUGGAAGCAAAUAAGGUGUUCUUCAAGGGCACAGGAGGCACUGAAAGAAAAGAUUAUGAAUAUGCUUACAACUUGUUUAAAGAUAUUGAUACAGAUAAAAGCCGUAGUUUUGUACGAGAUCGCAACAUAGAGCUGAUACUUGUCAAAAAAGAGGAGGGACCUUACUGGCCGCACCUGCUCAAGGAAAAAACGAAGCAGCACUGGCUCAAAGUAGAUUUCAGCCGGUGGAAGGACGAAGAUGACAGUGACGACGAGGAGGGCCAGAACCAAGACUUGGAGGAGAUGAUGCGGCAGAUGGGAGGUCUAGGUGGUGGUGGUGGAGAUGACAGGCCAUCCCUCGAUGACCUCGAGGAUGAAGACUCCGACGACGACGAUCUCCCUGACCUGGAGUAACUGUGUCAGUAGCCCAAAGAGGCCUUCGCAGACCACUUCUUGCAAGUGGGUGCAAGUGAUGCGUCGUGGUAAGCUGUCCUGUACCUAAGUCAGUGUGUGCGAAUUCCAGUUACCUCCAGAUGGACAACUUUGCUAUGUGGGAUCCACUGCAGUUGGAACAAUACAAAGAAUAUUGUCCCGCGGAGUUUUUUUGUACACACAGUGUGACUAGACUUGACUGCCCUCCUUUGUGCAGGGUUCCAGUGAGCGUGGAUUAGUGGCUCUUUUCUUUUUCUCAUUUUCUUUUUUUCUCCAACCAACCUGCCAUAAAGGAAAAACUAAAAAUUCUCCAUUUUCGUUUCCAUAUAUACAUAGCAUACAAGAACCAAGCUUGAUCCAGAACAGUCCUUCCAAACUUAGUUAGAAAUUUUCUUUUUUUCUUUUGUUUUCUUUCUUAAAGUCUUGGCCUGACAGCUCUGGAGAGAAUCGUGACCCACCUUUCUGCCCCUUCUAAGGAAAAGUGAAUUAAAAUGGAAAGUGCUGUCUUUUAUCAUUUAAACUUGGCAAUUUAUCAGAUAAGCAGAUCUUUUGUUUAAGAAGAAACUACAUGUUUAGCUUGCAAAUAUUCUCAUCUUUACAUGUCUGUUAUAUGGCAAAACCAAAACCAAAAAUAUUCCACAAUCCUGUGUAGGCCUUACAUUAUUUAUUUGUCAAGGUACAUGGAGUUGGGUUUGAUGAGAAAAUCAUAUUGAUUGCCCUUAGCAGACCAAUUUCUUGUGUUUUUGAUGAGUCGUGAUGUAAUGAGAGAGUCUAGGCUAUUCCCACGGCUUAGCACAUGAAAACUUUGUAAGGUUAUUUCUUAUGUUUAUAUUUAUUAUUGUUAAUUAUAAAUUGUUCAUUUUUCAAUUUUUUAGAGGGAGAAAAAUUGAAUGUAACUUGGUAGUGUGCAUGUGAAGAGUAAAAAAAACUAUAAGUUUAUUAUUCCUUGUAUUCAAUUGGGACGUGAGUUCUUGGUCUUACAGAGAGAUCACAUAGAACCAGUGGAUAGGGUACAUCAGAUGUUUGCUGCCUUAGUGUCAAAAUUUUAUAUACAUGUAUUAUGUCAUAUCAUUAUGGAAACUAGAAAUCAAAGUGUUUUUAAGACAUUGUGAUUUUGUACCACCUGGGGUAAGUCUUUAUAUAUAUAUAUAUAAUAUAUACUCUUGGCAGAACAGCAUACAUACCUGAAGGUUUUCUUCCAAUACACAAGUCAUGAUUCAAAGUGUUUUAUAAUCCUGUUUGUAUAAGUUAAUGAAAACUAGAGAUUUUUUUCAUCGCAGAAGUUAUUUCCGUUUAAUUAAUAAUCUGUCUCUGUAUAUGAUUAAAGUCUUUUGAGUUGAAAA